AUGGAGCUGAUCCGCGGCUUCUGCGGGAAGCUGCGCGGCCUGGCCGUCACGCUGGACCUGGAGACGGCCCGGCUGCAGCGGGCUCUGGAGGGAGAGGACAGCGAUUCUGAAGAUUACUCAAUGAGAACUUUAUAUGACCUUUGCUCAGAAGUCCAGACUCUAAAGGAUGAUGUCACUGUCCUUCUUGAUAAAGCAUGUUUGGAAAGUCAAGAAAGCAUUGACUUCAUGAAAGCAACAAAACUACUGAUGAAAAAAAAUUCAAUGGAUAUCAUGAAAAUAACUGAGUAUUUCCAAAAGUAUGGAUAUAAUCUACAUGCCAAGAAAAAUUCAGUGGAUGAUUAUGAUAUCAAUGACUCCAAAGUAGAAUCUGUGAAGCAUGAAGAACUUCAGAACUCUGAUAUGAAGGAUGAUUUGUCUGAUCUUGCUGCUCCAAGCAGUUCUGUUUCUGAGAAGUCUCCACGUAGUCCACAGCUUUCGGAUUUUGGUCUUGAGCGGUACAUGAUAUCACAUGUUCUACCAAAUGUUCCACAAGUCGUAAAUAACCGUAAAGAAGAGCCAGAAAUCAUAACUCCAUCUACCAAAGAAUCACUAGUUACUGUACCCAAAACUCCAAAGUGUGUACUAAAGAUGGAUGAUUUUGAGUGUAUUACUCCUAAAUUAGAGCAUUUUGGUAUCUCUGAUUAUACUCUUUGUUUAAAUGACGAUUACACGAUAGGACUUAAAAAUAUGGAGAAAAAUAAAUGUGAGCAGUUCCUUGAAACAGAACUGAUGAGUAAUGAUAUUUCCACUGUUUCUCCUGACCCCAUAAUCCAGCGAUUAGAAAAAAAUGAUGCUGAGUAUACAAAUUCCCCCUUAGCACCUACAUUCUGCACGCCUGGUUUGAAAAUUCCUUCUACAAAGAACAGCAGAACUUUGAUGUCUACAAGCUAUCCAUUAUCUGAAACAAACUGUUCAUCAGAUGAACUGGAAAUGAAGGAUUGCAUAUCAUUAGUUUUCAGUUCGGAUGAGUGCUUCAAGAAUUUCACAGCUCCCUCUUCUCCUAAAAUUUCUUCUUGUGAGAAUCUGCUCCAAACACCAACACCUCCAGAUGUAACUACAAUUCCAGAAGAUGUUCUCCAGAUCUUAUCAAAAUACAGCUCCAACCUAGCUACUCCAUCAGCAGUUAAGGCUGUGCCACACAGCAAAGAGCAGCUUACUAAAUAUGAAAAGCAAAACAUCCGGGGCAUCGGCAACAAAGAGAACUGGUGAACGUGAGUAUGUUUUCCUCUUAAACAAUAG